AAUUUCGACGCGUUCUUCCCCUCCGUCGUCGUCGACCAUGGAGAGCUGCGGCUAUCACUCUCCUCAGUUCUCAGAGGACGUAGCUUGGCUUCCAGCAUGGCUUCAGCCAUAUCAAUUACCGGCUUUGGGAGAUGGUGCUAAAGAUGAGCAUACCAUUUCUCAGAUCUCUAGCAAGAAAUUGGUAUCAUUACCAAAACAUACAACAGAUGGACAAGCAAAGCACUUUUUUACAAGAGAUGAUGGUAAAUAUAGUGGUUUCCAUCUGUAUUUGUCCGGAGAUGGGAAUUCCUCAGCUGGAACUGUUCUGUCUUCUUCAGAAGAACCACAGUUUCAUCUCCAUCUAUCCUCCCUUGGCGAUUCUCAGCUUUCCGCAAGUCAGCUUAAUGGAACAUCUCACACAGGAAGUCAUAAAACAAAUCAAGAUUUGCAGGUGAAAAAUAUCCACAAAAUCCCAGAUAUUAAGGAUGACUCAAUCUGCCAGCAUAAAGUGGAAGCUGAAGCCUCUCCAUCGGAUUCAUCCAUGAGAAACAAAUCAACUAUUCCCCCAAAACAAAUAUCACGCCAGCUAAUCAAAGCUGACCAACAAAAUCAGACAAGACUUCAUGAAAAGCCUGAUGCUGGGAACAUCUGCGAUGCAGACAUAAAUGAUGCAGUUGAACUUUCUAUUGCUGCUUCUGAAGCAGUGGUCAUUUCUGAUAUGGUUGCAAGUAGCUUUAAGUCUGAAAAUUUUCCAGCUGCGGCAAUAUUGGAAAUCUCCCUUCGCUUAAAGCAAGCGCGGGAGAAAUUCUGCUUGGACACCUUGGAGGGUGUUUCUUCCUUUUUGGGCAACAAGCAUAUCGAUGAUGAUCUGCUUUCUGAUUUGGAUGACAACAUUAUGGCAGAAGCAUUUGAUGAUGUUGGUAUAUCACUUACUCAAAUUGUGGAAACUCCUGAUGAUUCACAUUACAGUGAAAAGCCUCUCCAACCCAAUUCAUCUCAUGACAUGGAGGAACAGAUUUCAGAAAGUCAUUUUGUAUUCGAGGAAGAAACACAAGGUAACAAGAUGAAGGACGAUGGAGUUUCCAUGGGUUCAAAAUCCAAGUACUUGGCAUUAUAUCCUCUUCCUCUACAACAGAUCAAGAGGUCUGCAUUUAUACCUCUUGAUUGCAUAAAGUCUUGUUUAAAGAGCCAGCCAAUAGUUGAUGUGUGGAAUUUGCAACAAAAAACGGAUGCCCGAAAGCAAACAGGCCCCUUAGAAGACCGAGAAAAUCAUAAGGAUGGGAAAGCCUCUCAACUGGGGAAUGCAACUAUGAGGAAAAACAUGGGAGUAUUUAACAAGGAGACUAGCUUUAUUUCAGAAUCAAUGGACGAGAUGAAUGAAAGACCCAGCAAGCAAAUAGCAGAAGCAGAACCUGAGUUGGUUGCUUCUUCAAGCAUACCAUCUCAACAUUCAUAUAGAUGUCUUCACAGGGAGAGUGAGAGAAGCAUUCCUGAAGGACAUAUUCUCUCACAAGAUCUUGUUAGAUCUUCUAGUUUUGAUCCUUUUUGUUCUCUAGUACCGUGUAGUAUUCCUUCAGAAAAUGUGCCUAUUUCUGGUGAUGCUGAACCUAAAGGAGUUGUUAGUACACAAGAGCUGAAUGAAAAAAUUACAUUAUCAGAUGUGCAGGAGACCCCUUUGAAGGCAUUAACUGAAAGACCACUGAUUCUUUCUAAAAAUAGUGUUGACGUUCCUGUUGCACCCAGCCGGAAGCAGUUGAAUUCACUCAGAAAGUACAGCACAGUAAUGCCUGAUGGAAACAACUAUAAAUCACCGUCACAGAGCAAAGUCAAACAAUUUCUGCAGUUUUCUUCUGAUGAAAGAAACAAUACUUGCUUCACAUCUAAUGAACCAGAUGCUGAAAUUUCUUUGAACAGCAUGGAAUGUAUGGAUGUGAAUGGAUCAAAAGAUAACCCGGUUAAUAGAAGGAAGGAUCAAUAUGAAGCUAGUGGAUCUCCUGAUGUUGGUGAGGUUAAUGAUGAUGAUUUCAUUCACGACCAUGAAGAUAUAGGGGCACCUAUUAUACUGAAUAAUAAGAAGCGUCGCCUUAGGGCGUGUAAAGAAAUCUUAAAUUGUGAUGUUGAAGAAGAGAUUUCAGAGAAAUCAUCUUUAAAGAUUAGGAAAUGCAAAGAACAAAAUUCUAGAAAGUCAAGUUUACGCAACCACUCUCCUAAUAAACAAAGCCUAAAAAGCAAGAAAGUUAAGUUUUCAGAAGUCAGAACUAGUAUUGAUAGAGUUAAGAGCAGUAACAGGUUGCAACCUGAACACCAAACUCAUGGCGCACGUCACAGAUCCAGUAAAAGGGUGAAAGAAUCCAUCCUGUCAAACAAGUGUAUAUCCAGAAAAGAAAAUUAUAACCAUUUGACAUUUCAGCAUAUUGUGGGUGAGAAAGGAAUGGUCUUUCAAGGUUUAGAAUUUUUAUUGACUGGGUUUUCACGUCAGAAGGAAAAGGAACUUGAAGCAUUAAUCAGACAAUAUGGAGGGUACAUUCUUAUGAAUAUACCACCCGAAACUUCAGAUGUAAGGAAUAAGCGGCGAGCAGAGUUAGCACAGUUCAAGUUGCCCAUUGUUCUGUCACCAAAGAAGGUGCAAACAAGCAAGUUCCUAUAUGGUUGUGCAACUAACACUUGGAUGCUAAAUGCUCACUGGCUUGUGGACUCAAUUCAUGCUGGUUCUUUAUUGCCACCUGGAAAGUUUAUGACUCGAUCGUUCAAGGGAUGUGAAUCUCACCAAUUGAGGAUUGGAGAGCCGUUUUGUUUAAAUAGCCAUGUAUUCAUCUUUGAAAGAGUGGGAUUCAUGCUUAAUGGCAAAGUUAGCUUUUGUACCAAGUUUUCCAAAAUUAUAAAGCAUGGAGGUGGGAAGGUAUUCAAAUCUUUGCAGCGGCUGGUCCAGAGCUUGAAGAAUGGAACAAAUACAGUUGGGUUUGUUCUUGUUGAGAAUGAAGACAAUGUCUCACGUCACCUGAAGCACUGUGCAUUAGAAAACAGUCUACAAACUGUGCCAGCCAGCUGGAUUGUAAACAGUUUGUUUUCUGGCAAGCUACUACCAUUAAAGAAGGAACGGUAUGCUCCCUUGCAUAGAAUUAAGAUGCCGACGUUCUCUCUUUGCCAAGAAUAUGACAUGAGCCAAGAAAUAUGACUUUGUUGGCGAACAUGAUACAUUGAUGUAUAUAUUGACUCCUUCGAGAUCAAUUAAAGAAAGAACCCGCACAAACAAGUGUUCUCACAUACAAUGCGAUAGCAACACAGUAGAGCUUGAAGCAUAUAUUGGAUCUCUUAUUUUUCGCAUGUUGGAGUUUAGAUUGAUGUGAAGUUAUUAAGUCAAUGGUAAAAUUGACAAAAAAGCCCUUUACUUUGAACUUCUCUUCCACCAAACCACGCUGAACUUUGGGGUGUCGUGCAAAAUCUGCCUUAACUUUCAAAAGUUUCUAACGGAACCUCUUAACGGUGUUAAUGACAUCGCCAUCAGUAGUCAUUAUUUUGAUUGUGCAAGGAAACAACACUGUUACGGUGGCAAAAUUUGAAAGUUUGGGGUUGCGAAAUUUAGCUUUAAUUUGUGAAAAGUGGAAGAUGGAGGCUUUGAGCUACCAAUUUAUCUGAUAGAACCAGAAUCACGUUUGUGCAAGCAAAAGGAACACCUUGAAUGAAGAGAAUACUAUAAAGAGGAGACGGAGAUUCGCCCUGUUUCAUGUUCCUUGAUAGUUUCUGAGUAUACUUUUGUGCAUGUUCACCGCAAGCUAGCAGUUUGUGUAUGUUGUCUGUAAAAUUGUUAGCUGUAAUCAUACUACAGUGUAGUUAUACUUGCACAUUUGCUUGUACUGUCCAGAUGACAUAUAUUUUGCAAUCACUAUUUUGAGUUCUUUAACAGCC